GCUCCCCUACUGCCAAGAAUGGAGUGAUGGCGAUCUACAGUGUUUACAUCAUUAACAAAGCCGGAGGGUUAAUAUACCAGUAUGAUCAUUCCGGUGCUAGACCCGAGGUGGAGAAGACGUUUAGCUACCCUCUCGAACUGGUACUAAAAGUCCAUGACGAGAAACUUGUUGUGGCGUUCGGAGAAAGGGAUGGAAUCAAAGUUGGUCAUACCUUAUUAUCGGUAAAUGGCGUCCCAGCUGAGGGUCGGUUUUUGAAGAGUGAUGGUAGAGACAUUAUGGAUAUUAUCGCUGAUGAAGAAAAUUACCCAAUCAGCCUCAAGUUCGGACGUACAAAGCUAACAACAAAUGAGAGAAUUAUGUUGGCCAGUAUGUUUCACUCACUGUUUGCUAUCGGAUCCCAGCUGUCUCCAGAGCCAAGGAGUUCCGGUAUUGAGGUCCUGGAGACAGACACAUUCAAACUUCAUUGUUUCCAGACCAUGACAGGUAUAAAGUUUAUCAUCCUGGCUGACCCGCGACAGAUGGCUGUCGACGUGCUACUCAAGAAGCUGUAUGAAGUCUACUCUGACUUCGCUCUCAAGAAUCCAUUCUACUCACUGGACAUGCCUAUCAGAUGUGACCUAUUUGACACUAAUCUCCAGCAGGCGAUAGAACAAAGUGAGAGACUGGGCAUCAGUAAUAUAUGAUCUCUAUAUGUAGCAGGCUAGUGGCUCAUUGUCGUCUUCAACAUCUACUGUCUACACGUCUUAAAAUCCAAGUGAUUCGCUCUCAAUUAUACAUAUCUUUUCUGCAUUCUUGGAAUAUCUCCCGACAAAAUGGGUAAUAAUAAGAUAAUAAUAGGUAUUGUGAGAUAGCAUAAAGUUGAUUGGCUUUUAUUUAUAACACCUUUGUAAUCUUCACCAGAUAGAUGGUAACCCUGUGAUUUGUCAGAUCUUAGUUUCCUUUGAUUUUGUGAUGACAUAGGUAUGUGAAGAGUGCUGUGAAGAUACUUAUACAAACUUUUUUUUACAACAAUGGUUGCAAAACAAACACUGUAGUUGGUCCAAAUGGAAGUGCAUUAGGGAUCUGACUGAGAGGAAACAGGAAUGACCCACGUAGGACGACAGAUAAAACCUGUCGGUCAAAUCGGUCAAGUGAAAUGUGAGUGUGUUGCUACUACACUGCCCAAUUAAGUACAGAGAAGAUAAUGUAUCGAGGGUGAAGCCAUUGGACUUUGAAGAUGCUGUAACAUCUGAGAGCCCUGAUUGACCUCUGGCCUUUGACCUUUGGUCUUCAGCAGUAACACUUCCAGGGAGGCUUAUUGACCUCUGGAGCUUGAUGCCUACAGUAACACGAGAUGAAGACUCAUUGUCAUCCAGAAUUUUGAAAAACUUUCAAAUUAUCAGUAACAUCUGAUAGAGGGCAUCAAAACUUAACUGUAAUGUUUGAACAUGUUUGUUGCCAUCCACAUGUAAAAUAUGAAUCUACUGUGCCAGAUUUAAUUGUUCCUUCACUAAGUACCAUAUUCUAGGAAUAAAAAGUAACAUGCUGGAUAGAGAAUGAAUCAUUGAUUAAUUGUAUAUGUCUAAGUAAGUUUAAUAGGUGCUGAGAUUAAACAACAGGAUAAUGUAGGUGUGAAGAUUCAAGGUUUUCUUUUUUUUCGGGUGAGUUUAUAAAUUUUGCUACAAGAAAGAGAACAGGAGGGAGAGAGAGAGAGAACAGGAGGAGAGAUAGAGAAGAUAAGGAGAGAGAUCUUGGUUGAAAGUACAUGAUAUUACAAUCUGUUUAAAAUCAUAUCUUGAUCUGCACUAAUAUUCCCUAAACUAAAAGACGUAGCGGAGUGUAGUUUACAGAACGGGAGUUCAGAUCAAGAUAUGAUUUUUAACAGAUUUACGAUGUUUAAUUUUGUUUGUAACUUGCUUUAUCAUUGGGUUUAUUUAUUCUGUCAAUAUCCAGUGAUAGGCAAAAAAAUGUUUUUAUGAUGUCAUACACAAAUGACAUUGGUUUUAGAAAAUGUUCAGGCGAUCUUAUACAAACAUUGUGACCAUGAACAUAAUUCUUGCUGACAGGAUUAUUUUUUAUUGGUUAUGUGGCAAGAUUUUUUGGCAUCUUCAAGCACAUGCUGUGAAAAAUAAUGACAUUCCUGUGUUAUACUUGAUAAUGUGUUUUAACAAUUCAAGGUGAACAUACUUCAAUAUGUAACGGACAACGAAAAGUAAAAGUAAAAGGAAGUUUGAAGAACAUCUGGAAUAAGAAAAAAGAUAAUGAAAAAUAAAAACAGUUUAAAAAAUA